AACUUUUUAAUAAGGAAUGGAGAAAGUUGUUAGUGUUGUUGGUAAUGUUGCCUUUCCAACUGCGAGAAGGGAUGAAGAGAAUUCUGAUAGACUAUCGCAUACUUAUACAACUGCUAUUCUCUUAGUGUUUUCAAUUGUGGUUACUGGAACCAAUUUGGUAGGUGAAACUAUAAAUUGUUGGGUACCUGCUCAUUUUAGUGAUGGAUGGGAAGCUUAUACAAAUAGCUAUUGUUGGGUGAGUAAUACCUACUACCUACCUUUCGAUAAAUCUAUUCCAAAACCCAAUGAAGACGUUGGACAAAGACAUAUCGAGUAUUAUCAAUGGGUACCGAUAAUGUUUUUAGUAAUGGGCUUUUUCUUUUUCAUACCUGCUUUAUUCUGGAGGGCUAUGAACACAAAAUCAGGUAUCGAUAUAGAAUCUAUAGUAGAAGAGGCAGAAAACUUUGAGCAUAUUGGAAAACAGGAAAAGAGAAAACAAACUUUAGACUAUAUUAUUGAAAUGUUUACAAGAUAUGUAAGAGCCAGAAGAGAAGUUAGUAAGGAUAUGACAUGUUCUUUAAAGAAUCUAAUUGCUUGCAGUUGUUUCUGCUGUAGCAGACAAAGAGGAACAUAUUUAGUAGCUUGUUAUUUAGUAACAAAAGCUUUAUAUAUAAUAAACGCUUGCCUUCAAAUAAUCGCCCUCAACUACUUCCUGAAUCACAAUUUCUACAUGUAUGGCUUAAGAGAGUUGAAAAAUUUGAUUUAUAAUACAGAAUCAAGUGGUUCGAUAACAUUUCCAAGAGUAACAAUGUGCGAUCUAAAAGUUAGAGUUGUUGGUAAUGUUCAAAGAUAUACAGUUCAAUGCGUUCUACCUAUAAAUUUAUUUAACGAGAAAUUAUUCUUAUUCAUUUGGUUUUGGAUUGUUGUUGUUAUAUUCAUCUUAGUCAUUUCAUUUGUUAAACACUUUAGCUUUGCCGUAACAAAUCAACUUGCCUACGUUAACAAGCAUCUUAAAUUUACUAAAUACCGAGUUCUUAGUGACGAUGAAAACCUUAGGAGAUUCGCCGUUAAUUAUUUAGCGGUAGAUGGUGUCUUUAUCUUAAGAAUUAUUGGUUCGAAUACAAACUCUUUGAUCGUUACUGAAAUAGUUAAGGAGCUGUGGGAACAUUAUAAUAAAGCAACAAAUUAUAACACAAGUAGUCAAUCGUCAUUGCCAGAGUAUCCUUCCUAG